AUGUCCCCUACAGAAAUGAUAAGUCAAGAAAAUUAUGAGCCUGGUAUUUGUAAAAUUGAUCCUUGGUUAAAACCUUUUGCUCCCGCAAUUAAACGCAGACUUGAAUCAUAUAAAAAAUGGGUAAAAGAAAUCAACCAAAAUGAAGGUGGUUAUGAUAAAUUUUCGCGUGGAUACGAACGUUUUGGUCUCAAUGUACUACCAAAUGGCGAUAUUAUAUACCGCGAAUGGGCACCUAAUGCCGUUGCUGCAAGUUUGAUUGGCGAAUUUAAUGAUUGGGAUAGGUCUAAACAUCCAAUGAAGAAGGAUUCUUUUGGUGUUUGGGAAGUUCAUAUCCCUGCCAAAAAUGGUAUUCCUACUAUUCCUCACAAUACUAAAAUAAAAAUCUCCAUGACUACACCAGAAGGCGAAUGUAUCGAUCGUCUUCCAGCCUGGAUAAAACGAGUUACACAAGAUUUAAAUGUAAGUCUUGCAUAUGAUGCCAUCUUUUGGAACCCACCUCAAAAAUAUCAAUGGAAAAAUAACUCCCCAAAAAAACCAACAAGUUUAAGAAUUUAUGAAGCCCAUGUGGGAAUUUCUACAAAUGAAGGGCGUGUUGGAACUUAUAAUGAAUUCACGGAUAACGUGUUGAAGCGUAUCAAAGACCUGGGUUAUAAUGCUAUUCAAUUGAUGGCUAUCAUGGAACAUGCAUAUUAUGCAUCCUUCGGAUAUCAAGUGACAAGUUUCUUUGGUGUAUCCAGUCGUUACGGUACGCCUGAAGAGUUGAUGCGACUCAUUGAUACUGCCCAUGGCAUGGGUUUGUAUGUGCUAUUAGACGUUGUUCAUUCUCAUGCAUGCAAGAACGUGCUAGAUGGGUUGAACAUGUUUGACGGGUCGGAUCAUUGUUACUUCCAUGAAGGAGGAAAAGGCCGACAUGACCUUUGGGAUAGUCGAUUGUUCAAUUAUGGUCAUUGGGAGGUACUUCGAUUUUUACUUUCAAAUCUUCGCUUCUUUAUGGAAGAAUAUAGAUUUGAUGGAUUUAGAUUUGAUGGAGUCACUAGUAUGAUGUAUCAUCAUCAUGGCAUCGGGACGGGAUUUUCCGGUGGUUAUCACGAAUAUUUUGGCGAUACUGUGGAUGAAGGAGGAGUCGUUUAUUUAAUGUUGGCAAAUGACAUGCUUCACAAGCUUUAUCCCCGUAUAAUUACAGUCUCAGAAGACGUAUCUGGAAUGCCUGGUCUCUGUCUACCAGUAGAAGAGGGAGGGAUUGGCUUUGAUUACCGAUUAGCCAUGGCCAUUCCCGAUAUGUGGAUUAAAUUAUUGAAAGAACAACGUGAUGAUGAUUGGGACAUGGGUAAUAUUUGUUGGACAUUGACUAACAGAAGACAUAUGGAAAAAACUAUUGCCUACGCUGAAUCUCACGAUCAAGCUCUUGUAGGCGACAAAACACUUGCCUUCUGGUUAAUGGACAAGGAAAUGUACACGCAUAUGUCGGACAUGACUCCACUUACUCCAAUCAUUGAUCGUGGUUUGGCCUUACAUAAAAUGAUUCGAUUGCUUACACAUGGCCUUGGCGGUGAAGGUUAUCUAAACUUUGAAGGAAAUGAAUUUGGACAUCCGGAAUGGUUGGACUUUCCCAGAGCUGGAAACAAUAAUUCGUUCCAUUAUGCUAGAAGACAAUGGAAUGUAGUAGACGAUGAUUUGUUAAGAUAUAAAUAUUUAAAUGAGUUUGAUAAAGCAAUGCAACAUUUAGAGGAACAAUAUGGAUGGUUAAGUUCGCCACAGGCAUAUAUUUCUCUAAAACAUAAUGAAAAUAAAUUAGUAGCCUUUGAGAGAGGAAAUUUACUUUGGAUUUUUAAUUUUCACCCAACUCAAUCUUUUGCUGAUUAUAAAAUUGGAACUGAAUGGGCGGGAAAAUAUUCGAUUGCCCUUAAUACUGAUCGCAAGAUAUUUGGGGGUCAUGAUAGGAUUGAUGAAAGUAUAUCAUAUCAUUCACAACCACAUGAAUGGGACGGAAGAAAGAAUUAUAUUCAGGUAUAUAUUCCGUGUAGAGUUGCUCUCGUUUUGUCUCAUUGUUAAAUAAUGAAAUUUAUGCGAUAGGAUUAUUUUUUGAUGGGUUAUGUUAAAACCUCUUAAUCAAAAAUUAUUAAAUUAUUAAAAUAAAACUUCAGAACAUUUAUUUAAGAAUUUUGCUAAAUUUUUAAACCGGGGAAUUCCCAUCCUUUACUGUGAGACCUAUAACCAGUGAUAUUAGC